ACGAAGGAAAUGGCCUGCGUGGCUCAACGGCAGCAGGGUCUGUUCGCCUUUUUCUGGAGCUGCUCUACCAAACUGUGUAGUCAAAAGUCUGUCUUGAGAAAAGAAACAAGCAAAAUUAUCGUGGCUUGAUUUGGAAUGAAGUGUAAUUGGAUUUCAGAACCGAAUAUAAACAAAACCUGACAGAGAAAGUCAACACUUGGCGCAUGUGCUGUGGCAGCAGGUUUUUGUUUUUGUUUUUGUUUUAAUUUGGUCCCUUUCACUGCCAUGAAGAUACUGACAGCAUAGACUACAAAGAAUAAAACUCUCCGAGACAUUGUCAUAUGAUCAAUAAUUAACAAAUCUGUAACAGUUCCUCAGGAUGUCAGUGGGCUUGGAAAAAAUUGAGAGAGUUGAAGACACGGCACAGACUGAUGCAAGUUCUGAAAGACUGCGCAUUCAAUCAAGUGAAGGCGGUGAACAGGAUUCGUUUAAAGAUUUGAAACUAGCUUCCCAGACAAUACUAGAAACGCUCCAACAAAAUGGUCGAUCAAAAUGUCCAAAAUGCCUGAGUUCAAGGAUGUUUUACUGUUACUCAUGUUGUCUUUUGGUAGAUGGCGUGAAUUCUGAUGAGAUACCUCAGGUGAAGCUCCCUUUGAAGAUUGAUAUUAUCAAACAUCCCAAUGAAACUGAUGGCAAAAGUACUGCUGUACAUGCAAAGCUGUUGGCUCGGGAUGAUGUUAAUAUUUACACAUAUCCUUGCAUGCCAGAUAAUGAGGAGGAAAAGCAUGAAGUUGUAGUGGUGUUCCCUGGACCAAAGUCAGUUUCCUUUGAAGAUCUUCCCAAGCAUUUGUCAAAGCUUGCUAAUGAGAAAUCCGCUCUUUUGAAACAUUCCUCUAAGAAUGUUCACAGCUGCAAUGAGUGCAUUACGUUGGAAGAACCAGAACAUAAACGUGCAAAACAUGACCAAAAAGACCAAGGCAGUUCAGAGGAGCAGGAUUUUGGACAGGCAAAGACAAAAAUAUCUCCAUUAAAAAGAGUGAUAUUUAUUGACAGUACCUGGAAUCAAACCAACAAAAUAAUUACUGAUGAACGUCUUCAAGAAUUACUUCAUGUUGAAUUAAGAACACGGAAGACAUGCUUUUGGCGUUGCCAGAAAGGAAAGCCGGACACAUAUCUCGCUACAAUUGAGGCUGUUUAUUAUUUUUUGGUUGAUUAUCAUCAAUUGCUUUUGAAAGAGAACUACAAUGGGGAAUAUGACAAUUUAUUGUUUUUCUAUUCAUUCAUGUACAGAUUAAUCAACAGAGCUAAACUUGCAGCUGGAAAAUUGAACUGAAGUGAAAAUAUUGACCUCCAAUGAGGUAAUCCAGUGCUCCCAAGAUCUGAAUAUCAUGCUCAGGUGGACCAAUCAAGAACGGUAGGGAAGUUUUCCAUCUGGUUGCCUAGUUAUUUUUCUUAAGUUCAAUGUUUAAAUAUGUUCCACAAACCAUUUUUGAAUUGUCUCAAAGCAGGCAAAAUCUGGCAGUCAUCUCGCAUGUAUUCAGAUUCCACAAAGAAAAUUGAUAAAUAAGAAGUCUAAAUCACUCGGCUCUACAUAAUGUCAUCAGACCAUAAACAAAUAGUGAGAGAUAUUUGUGUCCUCAGACAUUUUUAAUAUUAGCAUAUCAAAGGAAAUGUGUAUCUAUGGGUAUAUUUACCUUUUGUUUGGACAUAUCCAAUACAUGAGUAACACUGUUAAAUCUAAUUUCCAACUUUAUUAAUGAAAUCAAUUGGUUGUGUACCAAGAUCAGCAUUGUGCAUUGAUUUAAAACUUAAGCUUUCUUCAGGGCUCCACAUGUUUGGACAAUGCCAAAGUUUAUAAACAAAUCUUCUCGUUUUAGUUAUUUUCCUCCAGUUGUAUUAGACCUUGCAUUGACAGAUCUAUUUUUCAGAAUAAUUCCUAUUAUUCCUGAAUGAAGUUAGGGUCCAAACAUACACAACUAGUACCUAUUGAGCAAUGUUCCAAAAGAUUCGAGUCUCUACCUAAAGCAUUAACUUCUUAUGUUCAGAUAGGGACAUAUCUGUUUCACUUCCAACAAGUUUGUUUUUUUGACACAAGUUAUUACAUAUGGAUUAACUGCCAUAUUUCUGGUGUUAGACCAAAGUUAAGAUUCUCUGAAACAGCUUUAGUUUGAUAGCAUUGCAAAAUUCCAAUCUUAGUAAUGUUCUCCAAACAAAAUAGCAUUUUUUUCUCCAUACUUUUACUUACCCAAUCCUUGUUAUCCACUCUAGUCAAGGCAGUCCAGAUACAUUCUAUAAAUAUGUUCAACAUCAGUCUUUAAAUGAAUUUGCAGGAGCCAUAUGUCAUCAAAACAGGAAAGUCCCUGGUCUCUUUUCUUUCCCACUAUAAAUGACCCAACAGCAUCAAAAGACAGUACUUGUAUGAAAAUGGGGACCACAAAAGUUAGUUAAACUGAUUGCAAACUUAGGAAGCUACUAUUAUACAGCUACUCGCCAAGAAUCACCAAGUCAUUAGUGCUUUAGUCCAUCAACUUACCAAUGGUUAACAUUUUCAACACCUUUUGCCCCAUUCAUAAAACAAAUUCCACAUCUUAGCUGACAGUGCAUGAAAAAUCAAAUUAUACUGUAAUGGAUAGGAAGGUUUAUCACAGUGCAAACCAAGACGGGAGAUUUAACUUAAGGACUGUGAUGGAUUCAUUGUCGAUAUAUUGCCUGCCCAACUUUCCUUACCACGGAAAUCAGAGCAUAAAACAGAGGCAGCCAAUUUGUUACCAGUCAUUUUCUGCCAUGUGUCCAUUCAGCAAUCACAGCAAAUGGGGUUUUUGUUGCACUAAAUCCAAAGACAAUAGAUAUACUCUGGUUGGUUGGGUAUGGAGGGCUUGCUUAUAAGAGUGGCCCUUGGAAUAUCAGGCACUAGAGGGGUUUCUGAUAAAAUUCUGCCUUAAAAUUGCAACAUUGAUCAAUGGCAACAGACAAAAUUAAGGAUUUUUUUCCCCUUCGAACAUUUAGAUUAUAUUUUCCUGCCAUAAAUGAAACAUCUUUUAAAUUUCUACAGGGAAAAAUUGCAAAAUGGUUACUCUUAAUUCUUAAAUUAAUUCUUUACUUACCUUUAUGAUCAAAUUUAGUUCAAUGCAAUGAAGAACUUAGCAGAUGAAUUAUUUUGACAAAUUAUUGAGUCACACAGCAUGGAAACAGACACUUUGGUCUGACCACUCCGACUAUAAUCUCAUAAAGCAGUCCCACCUGCCAGUGCUUGACACAUAUCCCUCCAAAUAUUUCUUAUUCAUGUAUUCAUCCAAAUACAUUGUAACUGUACUCGCAUCCACCACUUCGUAUGGAAGUUCACGUGAACCACGCUGUGUAAAAAAAAUUGUCCCACUUGUUUUUCUUAAAUUUUUCUCCUCUUAUCUUAAAAAUAUGCUCCCUAGCAUAUAUUGAAAGCCCCUAUCCUACAGAAAAGACACCUGCUAUUCACCUUAUCUAUAUCCAUCAUGAUUUUAUAAACCCAGAGCCCCUAAAGCAGCUUCAACCUCUGUAUACGUUAUUAGCAACUCUUGUCUAAUAUUUGAUUACUGAUAUGCCAUUAUUGUAAAUGCAUAAACAGAAAACAUUGUGGGAAAUUCUUAGAUACAGAAGAUUUAUAUGGGAUAUCCUCAAAUUACAUAACAGGCAGUCCAGGUUGAGAAUGGGUACUGUUCUCAAGUCUGUUGAUUUGUACACAAUGCAGAACAAUAUAAAAAAGCUGGUCAAAAGUACAGGAAACGAUUGUACGUCAGAUCUUUAAAAUUACACUCACUAUACGGGAUCAUGUUCAUAAGUACAAAUACUCAUAAGUUGGAGGUUCAUCGAUCAGGACCGCCAGUAUUGCAAUGACACUUUCCCAGGGUGAGGGUAGGGGGGAAUGAAGAAGCAAACUAUGGUUUUAGAUAGGAGUUUCAAAUAAUAUAAGAACAAGGCUAGCAAUAGAGAGAGGCACUUCUCUAAGCAGACAUGCUAGGAAUGCUUCUCACUUCCAGUUGGGAUCUUGUAGGAUUGUGGCUACCAGAGAGCCAGCACAUAGCCCUCAUCAAAUCUGGAACUGUGUUGUCCAUGAUAUGCAGAUUGGAUUAGAGCCACAAGUCUGACGGUACUUCAGUUUGUGGGUUUGGAGCUGUAAUGACUCAGGAUUGCCAACUUGGAUUAGAGCCACGAGAGGUUGAAUAUUUUUUUUCCCUGCAGCUUUGAAAAGCUGCACAAGUGGUAAUGAUUAAAAAUCCAACAGCAGUUUUUCAGCUGGGUUCAGUGAGAAGACUUCUUCUAGUCAAAGGCAAUAGAUUUAGACACACAUAAAAAGACCAUUUUCAUUUACUGGAUACAAGUACCAGUGCAUACCAGUUUGCUUAGUUGACACUAAUAAUUAAAGCUCUUCCAUUGUAAGAAUACUACAUUGUUGGUUAGAAUGGACAGGUUUCUUGGGCCUGGCAUAGCACCAUGGUUCUUAAAUUGACUUAUUAAAGCUUUUAAUUAGUAUUUGUACCAGAUUAGAAUGCCAGAUAUACUUAGCUGACUACUUAAUCCUCAAUGCUUUGUUGUUUUGUGUUAUACUAAUUACUUGCUUAAGUGACUUGCUGCUAAAAUACUUAACAUGAAAAUUGAUUGUUUUGUUCUUUAACAUAUCAGAUACUGAAGUAUCACUACAAACAUACAGCAUCCAUGAAGAGCCAUACAGUAUUAAUAUUUGACUCUUAUGACUUCUUCAGAACUGAAAAGUAAUGGAAUUUUUAAAAAAUGAAUUAGUAUACAAUGGUACCAUAUUUGUUUUAGAUGUUUGGCAUGCAGAGUAUUUUGCUUUUGAGUAGCACUGUUAAGUCUGAUUUUGAACUUUAUUACCCAAAUUUAUUGGUUGUACACCAAGCUGAACAUCAUAGAUUGAUUUGGAUGUGAAUUAUUCCUGACUCAACACAUUUAGCAGACGUGCAUAAUGCUAGAGUUUAUUUUUUAAAAAUAUUGUCUUUUUAGUUAUUUUCUUCCAUUUGUACCAGCCUUUGCCAGUAUGCAUAUCUACUUGUCACUGAGUAAUUUCUAUUACUCUUGAAUGUGGGAGUUUAGGGGUGGGUAUGUCUAAACAUGAAUAGAUAAUACCUGCCAUACAUCUGAAGGAUUUCAAGUCAUUAUCCAAGCAUUAAUUUCUAACUGUUUCAGAUUCAGGAAAUGUUAAAAUAGUUAAUUCAUUGUGAAAUAGUGUAUCGAAAGCAAAAUCUAAAUGCUGGAAAAGGUAUUUUUAAACUUUCCCAAGGAAAUGUUAGUCCAUAUUUGUAAAAGUUAAUUUUCUGUGCCAGAUAUUGUUUGGCUUUAUUAAAAUUACAUUUUUAAAAGAAAACCCUGACACGAUGGUAAUAGAUAAAAUACAUUUUCUGGUGUAUCUACUAGCUAUCUAAUGGUAAGUACAGCAAUUUCACACUGUUUCUUAUGUUCAAUGCUGAUUCUCUUUACAAGAUACUAAUAAAGCUAAGGCUCUGGGGACUUCAUCACCAGAAUUUACUAUGCCAAUUUGUUAUUUAAAAAUGUUGAGUACUUGUUGUUUGUACUGCAAAACCUGGGCUGUUAUCAUCUUCAACAGUGUCCUAUGUAAAACAAAUGCACUGAUGAGUCAUAGAGAGAAGAAGCAAUUAUGUACAAUGUACAACAUCUGCUUGGCUUGGUAUGAUUUUGCAGAUUAUGUUAUUAAUUAUGUGUUUUGGUCUUUCUAUUUAACCUUUAAUAAAACAAAGCUGGGUAUAAA